AUAAUUUUCAGUAGAGAUGUUCAAAAUAUUAUUGGUAGUUAGUUGCUCUUUGGCAGUCGGCCUUUGCGCUGUUGCUAAUGAACAUCGAAAUCCUAAUGCUGUUAAGGGCACAUGCAUCCCGUCUCAAUCUAAAAUUACUAUGUUGAGUGGAGAAACUAGGCAGCCUCCUAACAGUUGCAGUAAAAUUAUAUGCAAUUCAGAUGGAAGUGUCACUUACGAAAGAUGCGGACUUGCAGUUAUCAAUGGUAGAAGGUGUCCCGAAGACCCAAGUAAACCUUACCCAGAAUGUUGUACUUCAGCUUGUAAAUAAAGAGGGCUAUUGAAAAUUACGUAUAAUAAAA